CAUGGCGACACCAUCGUACAACGUGAGCUUGGAUCUUCUUUCGUCCGCUUCUCACCAGGAGAUCCAUUCCCACCAGCAAUCCGAUGCCCCCUAUGUAGCCAUGGAAAUGGCAGGACCUCGACCAAAGAGCAACCAAAAUGAAAAAAUUUUCAGUGAUGUUCCGCCAGUGAUCGACAAAGAUGAGACAGACGAUGGCGACUCCGUUGCCGUCUCGAUUGUCAGUUCCGUCAUGACAGCAGAAGGAAUACACGACUGGACAGGAUUCUGUUGCGUAUGCCUGGUUGUUCUUAUUGGUGACAUGAGCCGAGGUGUUAUGUUUCCUUCAAUGUGGCCCUUGGUGGAAAGUCUAGGCGGAAGCCAAAUCACGUUGGGCUAUGCAGUCGCCGCCUUCUCGUUCGGUCGCGUCCUUGUGAAUCCAGUUUUCGGAUCCUGGUCACAUCAGAUUGGCUAUACAAAAACGUUGCUGAUGAGCUGUUCGAUUCUGUUCGUAGGGACGCUCUGCUACGCUCAAACACAAAAUGUAGGUCGACCGGAAUUUCUGAUCGUUUCGCAGACGAUUCUAGGAGUCGGAAGUGGUACGCUUGGUGUAACACGCGCAUUUGUGGCCGAUGUGACGGCAAAAAGGCAGAGGACCACAUAUAUGGCAUGGAUUACCGCUGUGCAGUAUGCUGGCUUUACGGUCACUCCCUUUUUUGGGGCCUUGUUCAACUUUGCCUUUCAAAACAACGAUUACCAGUACGGCAUUUUCCGUUUGAACAUGUUUACAGCCCCUGCGUACUUCAUGGCCUGUUUUGUGGUAGGGACAUUUUUUGUGCUGAUAUUCUUUUUUCAAGAUCGGCACCGCAUAUGCAUAAGAAAAGAAGCGAAAAAGUCGAAGAAGCGAGCUGCGAUGGAAGAUAUUGCCAACGCUGUUACAUGGAUCGGUAUAUCUGUGUACGACUGUUGUAUUCUGGGUUGUAUGUUACUGAAUGUGUCGACAAAAGGAUCGAUAUCUUCUUUCGAAACUUUAGGAAUUUCGAUUGCGCAGUCACACUUUGACAUGGUGGCAUCGCGAGCUGGAAUGAUCGUCGCUACUUGCGGAACCAUGGGUGUGUGUGCUUUACUUUCAAUGGGGACGUUGUCGAACCACUUCAACGAUGUUCAGUUGAUUUCCGGAGGUAUUGCUUCAUUGACUACCAUUGAAGAAGGGAUUCGAAACCCUUCUUGGAGGUACUUCGUUGCUAUGUUUUUGAUUUAUUCAAUUGGUUUUCCUAUUGGCCAUACAGCAGUUAUUGGACUCUUUUCUAAAGUUGUUGGACGUAGGCCGCAAGGCGCAUUGCUUGGAUGGUUCGCUUCGGCCGGAUCUUUAGCGCGUAUGUUCUUUCCAAUUAUGUCGGGGUAUGUUGCCGAUUACAAAGAUGUGGAAACUCUGUUUUGCAUACUGACGGGGGUAUUAUUUGUCUCGAUUGCUUUUGUGUACUGGUCCCGGGAUAUUCUCUUAUUUUUGUCGUCCUAG